AUGGUCAUUUUUAAGGCACCUUUGAAGUUUGCAGAUGAUUUGGUAAUUUACUACAAAGGAAAUGAAAACUCGAUUAGGCUUAUUCAUGAGGCUUUCAAAGUGUUUAGUGAUUCAACUGGGUUAUUGGCUAACAAAACUAAAUCUUUGAUGUAUUUUGGUGGGGUGAAGGACGCCUGCAAGGGUAGUAUUCUGAAUAUGUUACAAAUGAAAAAGGGUAGCUUUCCUCUUAAGUACCUGGGAGUCCACCUUAGACCAACGAAAUGGCAAUCUACUGAUUGUGGUACUAUCAUAGACAAGGUUCACAAGAAGCUUCAUAACUGGGCUAGCAGAAAUUUGUCUUUUGUAGGAAGGGCGCAAUUAAUUCACUCAGUGCUCUUGGGUAUAAGAAACUUUUGGAUGAGCCUAUCUAUUCUUCCCCAAAAAGUUACUGGAACCAUUGAUACAUAUUGUAGAGAUUUUCUUUGGGGAACCAUUGCCAAUCGAAGAAAAUUUUAUCUCCCGUCUUAUGAAAAAGGUUGCUUUGAUGGAGAAAUACAUUUGGGCUAUUUCGAGCAAGAAGGACAACCUUUGGGUGCUUUGGAUCAAUGUCAUUUACUUAAAGGGUCAAAGCUUCUGGUCGGUAGCUUUUAUGCAAGAUGCGAGUUGGUACUUGAAGAAGCUUUUGAGGCUUCAGGGGUUGGUGGAAAAACAUGA